AAUGUUCUUAUAGCCAGUCAGCAAGCAACUAAAACCUACCUACCUGCCCUGCCUUUUACUGUGGUGUUAUCCCAACCCCUGCUUUCAGCCCAGUGCUGGACAUAGCACGGAAAGUGAAAACAACAACAACCUUUCCUCCUGGGCUCUCUCAGGGAAGAAAUUAUUCGGGCAAAAAUUCAAGCUAGAGGAAUUUGUCAAACCUGUCUUGCCCCGACCAGAAGACCUGCUGACCUCUCAGGCUAAAAAUACCAUGAUGCAUCUCACCGCCCAGAACCACCGGCUAGCUUCUAAAAAUGUAUGUAAUUCCAAAAUACCUAAACUCCAUCUGUCAGCCACACAGGGAGGGGAAGAGGAGGUGGUGAUGGUGGGUCCGCUUAAGACUGGCUCUGCCAUGCUGCCAACGCUAGGCCAAGAGGGCCCUGCCACCCAGAGAGAUUCCUCGCUCCUAGUCAGGUCUUUCCUGCCUGGCUCAUCCCGAGCGAGGGAGGGGGAGAACCUGCCCCUGCGGCGGCCUCUGAAGCUGGCCCCUCUGGAGCUGCCCAGGGAGGUACAGAAGGCCCAGAGACAGAAGAUGAAGGGGAUUGGUCUGGAGGCCAAGGGUGUUUCCCGCAAACUGGACACUACGGUGGGGGACCAACCCUGCCCCAGGAAGGUGAAGGCCUGUGGGGUGAGAGGAGAGAGACCAGAACUGGUUAAGGGUGCGGCAGAGUGUGUCUCCACCCCAGCCCCACAUCCCCUGCCCCUGACUGAAACAGCACCCAGAGUCCAGCGACAGCAGAAGGUUCUGAGAGCGGAGCUUGCUCAUGCCAACCCAAUCCAGAGACACACAGGAGGCAGGCUCUCAGAAGAUUUUGGCUCUACCGUUAAAGACCUCCAUCCUCCUCCUAGAAGCAAACCAGUCUCUCCCUCUGCCUCUUUCCCCGUCAGUGCCAAAGCUCAGGCCCAGCAGGCGCCACGUGGCGAGGAGAGCGUAUGCCAUGUGGCCGGCCCGUUCCAGCAGGAGACCGGCAAAAAGAGGCGUCUGAGGAGGGCAGAGCACCUCGAGGAGGAUCAGAGCAAAUCUAACAUGUCAACAGGAGGAUUACCAAGGGAAGAGGCCAAGCUGGCCCAAGGGUCCCAGCAGGGAAAAGCCCUGAGGGUAGAGAAGACAGAGAAGGCUCGGAGGACAGAGAAAGCCUUGAAGGAGGCCAGUCGCAUGCUGGAGAAGGCUUCCAAGAAGAACGUCAGCUCAGAAUCACUGGAGAACCCGCUGGAAGUGUCCGGAAAGGCCCUCAGGAGGAUGGCAGUGAGCAACCUCCAGGACGCUGUCCUUUGACCGCUGACCCAGGAUCUUUGACCUCUUAAACCCUGACUCCUUUUGACCAGCCCAAGAAGUCGUGAAAACAGACUUGACAGUGUUAAACCGUGUGUUUAUUUGUGCUUAUCACCUGGAAAUUACUAUAGAAAAACCCCUGCAUCUUACUUCACACAGCAUCUGGUAUUCAUAGCAACAAGCCAGUUACAAUUGCCAAGUACCAUAGCAGGCAGUAUAUAUAGUAUAUAAAACAGAAUAAAUAUAGAGUAUAUUAUAAACAAUAUUUAUUUAUUAUUUUGUAGACAGAUGACUGUAAUAAAAAUGUUUGCAUGCCAACUGGUACCAUUAGAAUACGUUAAAAAAAAUUGUGACAUUUAACCAUCGUAGAUAUUCUGACAUUGGCUAUUCAAUCUCAUAUUUUGGAUGAAAUAUGUCUACGAAACUGACAUGCAUUCAGGGAAUAUCAUCACGGGCUCAUCAGACCGAUACAUUGGCCUCAUCUAUGACCACGGAAGCAGCUCCUUUUACACCAAACUAUGGCAUUGAGUAGUAACAUAUCAGAACUCACAAAACAGAGCCGCAACAGCAACAGGAUGUUUACAUUGACAACAGCAAAUAAAGUUCAUGAGAUUUGAAAUA